CCAAGGCGUUACAGGAGAUGCUAAAGGUAUUCCCAACAACAAUCAGUUUGAGCAAAUUAAGGCCCUCAAAAAUCCUACUGUCAACCUAAAAACACAAGUUAAAAAUCUUAAAGAAGGUGAGGACAUACUGAUUUCACAGAAUGUUUUUCUAAAAAAUGAGGCAACUGAGCUACAGUCACAGAUUUUGAAAAUAAAAAUGCUGGAGACCGAAAAUAAUGACUUGAGGGCGCAACUUCAAUUUCAUCAAGAGAAAAUGAAAACUGAGACGAAAUAUUUCCAAGAUGAGGAAAUUAACAAGGAAGUGAAAGUGGCGCAGGGAGAAGACUUAAGGCCACAACUUAAAGCCCUUCAAGAAGACAAGAACUGUUUGGAAGAUAACAUUCGAAGCCUGAAAGUUGGACUAGUUCAAGCUCAAACUCACAAAGACAAGAUGGAAACACAGAGUUGUGACUUGAAGAGACAAGUUAAAGCCCUUAAAGAAAAAAACAACCAACUAAAGGAUGAAUUUAAGUCACUCAAUGAUCAGGUGGCUUUGCUUCUGUCUCAGCUAGCAAAGAUGGAGACUCACAAUAAUGACUUACGGGCACACGUUAAAGGAUUUCAAGAAAACGAGGAGAUUUUGAUUAAGCAGCAUGAGUCACUCAAGGAUGAGGUUUCGCAGCUCGAAAGCUGCAACAUGAGAAACGACAAACAAAACGAAAACUUGCGGGCACGGGUGAAGACUCUGAAAGAAUCGGAGAUCAACUUAAAUGAGAAGGCGGAGACGUUGGUGGGUGAAUUAUCACACCUUAAAUUUCAAAGGGAAAACGAUCAAACCGAGAUUCAUCGUCUGAGAAGAGAGGUACAGACGUUGAGGAGUCAAUUACAAGAUCAAGAGGAACUAUUGAGGAGGAUCGACGAUGCCGAAUCGCUCAUGGAGAAGGAGUGGGCAGAGAAGGAAAAACUGAGCAACAAACUGGGUGAGCUCGAGGAAGAAGGCAAUUUUGUUCAAAAGCAAAACGAUGACGUUCGAGUGGAGUUAGAGAAGAAUAAAUGUGUUCAGGAACAACAGAGCGAGAAGAUUGCUCAACUGAAGGCGACGUUACAAGAGCGUAAACGGCAACAUGAAGAGGCUCAAUUUUUACUCUUCACAAAAGAUGACGAGUUAGCCAAGCAAAACAGGAAAAUUGUUUAUUUAAAUGAAAUCACGGAGGAGCUGACCUCCUACGUUAGCAGUCUUAAACAACAAGUACAGCAGCUUAAAGUCCAGCUGGAAGUCAAGCAGAUGGAUGAGAUAUUAAAUAAUGUUCCUGGAGGCCAUUUGGAGACAGCGCCCGAGCACGAGCCGACCCAUGAAAACCAACUGGGUUCGAAGACCGAGAUAGAAGACGUGAACGUGCAAAUAAAAGAUUUUCAUCUAAACAAUUUCUCCAUUCAGCUAAAAGUGCUGAGCAAGCACAACUUGGCUUUGCUUGACUCUCCAAGUCUGAAGCUGGAAACGGAAAUCGAAGACCUGAAGACACAAAUUACAGAUCUUACCGAGCUGAACAAGACCCUCACUGAAAAGCUGGCCCAUCUUGAAUCUUGGGCUGCCAAUGGAGAUUUGAGGGCACAAGAAGAAGAUCUUGGAGGAAACCAGGACAGGCUGACCGAGCAGAACCACCUCAAUGAAAAACUGGCUGAUCUCCAAACAGAGAAUGGAGAUUUAAGAGUGCAAGUUGAGGAUCUCAAAGAGAACGAGGAACUAAUAAAGCAGAGGACGGAGACCCUCGUGGCUGAGUUGGAGCAGUAUAAAACCGAGCUCAACCAUCUGAGGACAGAAGCUCAGAAACUCAGGUCUCAGUUACACGAUCAAAGCGACCUACGGAGACGAAUAGAUCAGGCCGAAUCGCAAAUGGAGAAAGAUUUGGCAGAGAAGGAAAAGUUGAGCACUAAAUUGCGGGAGCUUGAAGAAAAGGACAACUUGUUAAAAAAACUGCACGGCGACGUUCGAGCCGAGAUGGAAGAGCUUAAAUCUACUCGAGAUCAACAAAAGCAACAGAUUACACAGUUGAAGGCAACGUUGAAACAAAAUAAACUCAAAGUUGAGAAGGCCAGAUUUCUCCUGGAUAGUAAAGAAGACGAGUUGGAAAAGCUAACGAAAGUUACAGAGGAGAUGAAGACUCUGAUUAUUCAUUCAAAGCAAACCACGUGCCAGCUAGAAUUUAGUCAAAUGGAUGAGGAACAUGGCAACAUUUCAUAUGUGGACGAACUGAGCGAGGUGCACCCGACGUCCGCAUCUGGCAGACUUCACAAUCAAACCAGAACUUUUGGCUCUUGGCUUCUAAACGUUGCUAAGAUAUGUUCCAUUAGAACACUAAUCGAGGUUGUGGUUGUGCUCUUUCUUUUAACCAUAUUUCCCCCGGAGAAUGACCUCCCAGAUUUCAUCGCUGAUCAGUUUCAUCAAUGUUAAAUUUUUGUAUUACAGGAAUUCCUUGUCUUUGGGAAAAUACUGCUUGGGUCAUAUAUGACUUGUUUCAGAAACUUUAAAGCUCCCAUUGUUUUUUUCCGACUCA